AUGACGGAUACCCCUCGAGCAACAAGUACUACUACUACAUGUACUACUACUAUUUCUACCCACCACCGCCAACUGUUGCUGGAAGAAGCGCAGUACGAUUGUUGUGCUCCCAAUGCGACCACGAAACGAUCCGGAUAUCUCGGUUGGGAUGAUUACUUCAUGAGCGUGGCGGCUUUGUCGGCGCAACGAUCCAAGGAUCCCAACCACCCGACGGGUGCCGCCAUUGUCGAUGCUGACAAGCGUGUCAUUGGAAUUGGCUACAAUGGAUUUCCACGCAAUUGCAGUGAUGACUUGUUGCCGUGGCAAGAUUCCACGCAGUUUCUGCAUUCUCCACAAGCAUAUGAAUGUCAUGCCGAAGUCAAUGCCAUUCUCAACAAAUGCAGUGCCGAUGUGGCAGGAGCAUCCAUCUAUGUAAAACACUUUCCGUGCAACGAAUGUGCCAAGAUGAUUGCACAGUCCAGAAUUCGAGAGGUUGUCUACAUUCGAGAUGAUCAUCAUGAAGAAGAUAUCUACAAAGCUAGCAGGAUUAUUCUGCUCAUGUCAGGAGUCAAACUUCGACAAUAUCAACCCACAGUCCAGACGGUACAGCUCCUCAUCCCCAAAGAAGAAGAAGAACCGUCUGCCAGCGAUGAAGAAAAGAGCAACACGAGUACGUCUUCUCCCCGAUCGGUCCUGCCUCAGGACAACGACGACAAUAAUCAUUCACAACAAUCCAAGCAGCUCUUGUUGCAGCAGCGAGAACAAUUAGAAGAAGAACACCGUGCGCUACUACAAAAAGAAGCCCAUUGGACCGCCGCGGUCUCUCAAAAACGCACCAAUUAUCUCUCCUGGGACGACUAUUUCAUGGCCAUGGCCUUUUUGACCGCCCAACGAUCCAAAGAUCCCAAUACCCAAGUGGGAGCGUGCAUUGUUGCGUCUAGCGAUCAACGCAUUGUCGCCGUGGGAUACAAUGGAUUUCCCCGUCACUGUUCCGACGAUGCCCUCCCGUGGGCGCGACACUCACCUGACAGCGUAUUAUUGCACACCAAAUAUCCCUACGUCUGUCAUGCCGAAGUCAAUGCCAUUUUGAACAAGGGCAGUGCCAAUUUACAAGGCACCACACUCUAUGUGGCACUCUUUCCCUGCAAUGAAUGUGCCAAAAUGAUUAUUCAAGCGGGCAUUCGACAAGUCGUGUACCUGCAAGAUAAGUAUCACGAUACCGAUGGUUGUAAAGCGAGUCGGAUCCUAUUCCGCAUGGCCGGCGUCAAAUUGCGACGACAUGUUCCUGCUGUGGAACGUAUUGAUAUCGAAUUGUAA